GGAAGUGAAGUCACUUCCGGGCUGGGGUGUUUGUUUGGACUGGAGAAGGGAGGCGGCGAGCGAAGCGCUCGUCGAGCGGGGGAGCGGCGCUGCCUGUAGAGAUCCGCGGAGGCCGACAGGAUUCGUUGGCUGCCGUCCCCGCUGCCGUGCACUGGGUUAAAAACGACAACUGACGCCAACCAUGAAAGAUCCAAGUCGCAGCAGUACUAGCCCAAGCAUCAUCAAUGAAGAUGUGAUUAUUAACGGCCAUUCUCAUGAAGAUGACAAUCCAUUUGCAGAGUACAUGUGGAUGGAAAAUGAAGAAGAGUUCAACAGACAAAUAGAAGAGGAGUUAUGGGAAGAAGAAUUUAUUGAACGUUGUUUCCAAGAAAUGCUGGAAGAGGAAGAAGAGCAUGAGUGGUUUAUUCCAGCUCGAGAUCUCCCACAAACUAUGGACCAAAUCCAAGACCAAUUUAAUGACCUUGUUAUCAGUGAUGGCUCUUCUCUGGAAGAUCUUGUGGUCAAGAGCAAUCUGAAUCCAAAUGCAAAGGAGUUUGUUCCUGGGGUGAAGUACUAAAAUAUUUGAGUAGAUGGGGCCCUGUUUUGGUGGAUGUAGCACAAUUUCCACACUGUGAAGGCAGUAUUAGAAGACUUAAUUGUAAAAGCUCUCUCUUGUCACUGUGUUACACUUAAUGCAUUGCCAAAGUUUUUGUUAGUCUUGCAUGCUAAAUAAAAGUGCUGAGACUGUUAUUAAGUAAAAAGCUGUCAAACGUUUACUGAAAAUAGAAUUGGCCCAUGGCUUGAUGUAAAGACAGCGAGGAAAGAAGCACCAGUCAAGUUGUGAGAAAGCACCAAAUUAAAUGACCUAUAAAUCUUCUUAAAUUGUCUUCUUUGAGGCUAAACUGAUCCCUUAGGGCUAACUAACACUUGUUAAUAAGUAAAUUUAAAUUAAGUUCUAAUUGUCUAAUCUAGGCAGAUUUCUCAAUUCAGACUGAGAUUUGCAUUUGUCCCCAUCAAAAAGAAUUUCCUUUUUCUGAAGAAGGUCUGUUAGUUAACUUGAGGUAAUUUGUUAUAGAUGACGAGUAUGUCUUUGAUAACUGAGGUUAAAAAGUAGUGUGAUCAGAUGAGAGCUAGUCCUAGUUUUUCUGGUAUGUUAUCAUGUUAGAUUCUCCUGUGUUACAUCUGUGGAAGUACAGGAUUUGAGAAUUGCAUCUUUUGAGGAUUCACUGUAUAUCAUAGCUGUGCCUGUGUGGAGUCCACAGGCAUAUGACCAACACCAGCCCACAAUCCAAUUGAACAAAGAUAUUGUAACAUUAUGAUUUGAGUGGUGCUUUUCCUUGCUUUGUUAACCAUCACGACAAUAGUCUGCAGCACAACUUUUUUUUUAACAAAGCUAGAAGAAUUUUGGCUUCUUAAACUUCAUAUUUGGGUAGGUUAAGCUGCCAUACGUGUUCAGUGUGAAUAGUGUUUAAGUUGAAAAUAUUGUAAAAAAAUUAUAUUUUUUCAAAAAUAUUUAAAAAAAUAAAUAAUAGUAGAACUGA